AUAGUCACUACCCCUUCAUCAUCUGCAUUUUUGAAUCAUCUCCCAAUCUCAAAGGUACUUCCGUUUUCAUCUUUUAAUGGAAGAAACAAGAAAUGCAACAUAUUCUAAUAAGGAAGAUAGAAUCAGUAGGUUACCGGAUGCACUAAUACAUCAUAUUCUUUCUUUCAUUGAUGCUAAAUAUGCUGUUCAAACUAGUGUUUUGUCCAAAAGAUGGAUUCAUAUUUGGAAAUCUCUAUCUUUUCUAAACUUCAAUAGGAGUUCGUUUUCGCUUCAGAAUACCGAGAGGUUCAUAGAGUUUGUUUACAUGGUAUUCAUAUUUCGUGAUGACACCAAUAUUCAGAAGUUUAGUGUGGAUUGGGAGAACUCUGCAUUUGAUUAUACGGCGAUAAUGAAUGUUAAUAGAUGGAGUCUGAAUGCCGUUAAGCAUGAAGUUCAAGAAAUAAGUAUAGUAAUUACUCAAUGUCAUAUUUCGGCAUAUGAAAUUCCUCACCAUCUCCUGAAUUGUAAAUCACUGAGAAAGCUGGGAAUGAUGAUGUUUUCUAAUGCCAGGCAUGCAGAUGUUAUUCUACCAAGAUCAAUGAAUUUGCCUCGGCUUAAAGUAUUGUCCAUUACUGGAUUAUCAAUUUCUAAUGAAGAAUCUUCUAAAAGACUUUUUUCUAGUUGCCCAGUUCUUGAAACGUUGGCCAUACAGAAUUGUGAUAUUCAGACUUAUAAUGGAAGGAAGUUGAUUGUUGAUUCUGUCAGCGUAAAGAAGUUUGCAUACACUUUUUUGUGUAGACGUCGUUACCCGCAAAAUGGUACUAAGGAGAACAUUGUCAAGUUAUGUGCUCCAAAUCUGAAGGACUUCUUCUGCGCACUUUUAUUGAAACAAGACUGUUCUUUAGAAAUCUGCUUUCCCCUCUCCAGGGUAAGUUUUCACAUGAUACUCGAAAAUUUAAAAGACGAGAAUGCAGAAACGUAUUCGAAACUUCCUUUAGGAGAAAAAGAAGUUUAUGCUAAACGUGUGAUGAGAUUUCUAGAAGCAGUUUAUAUGGUGAAAGAAAUGAGAUUAUUAUCACCUGGAUUCCUUGAGGUUCUCUCACGAGCUCCGGACGUAGUAGACUGUCAACCACCUCGCUUAUGUAGUCUAAAAUAUUUGACGCUGACAAUGUGGUCUACAAGAAGUUGCAUGCGGGCUAUAGUAUACUUGCUCAGCAUUUCUCCUAAUGUAACUAAACUGUUCCUUAAAGCCAAGGAGUCAUGUUUGGCAGACGUUGGAGAUGAAUGGGAAACAGGCCUGUCAUUCCCAGGAAUGUUGUCUCACCUCGAGUAUGUCCAGAUUGAAGUGGAAGGAUGUGAUGCUGAACUCAAACUUCUAUGUUUUUUGUUGAAAAAAGCAAAGUUUUUAAAGAAAGUUGUUCUAUACUUUCGUUCUAGUGUUGGAUCGCCUGAUGGAGUGACACAAGUUGAGCAAUUUAUGGAUACGCUAAGAUUAGUUCCUACAGCUUCUUCAAGUAUCCAAGUGGUAUUUAAAACUUAGCAGGUGAUAUUGUUAGCUUUACUAGAAUCUGCAACCAAAGAAGUCAGAUAAUCAGAUGUAGCAAACUAACAACAGAUACUUCUACUCCCGGUUAAGAAGCAAGAAAAAUACUGUGGAAGCCGAACAUAAGUGUUUUGAUGUUUGUUCUUUCUGUUUGACCUUUUUUUUUUUUUUUUUUUGGCGAUGUGUCUUAGUAUUCUGUGAAAAGAAUAAUUGAAAUUUUUUAUAGUGACUUUGUUGAACGCCAGUUAAGACUGUUCUUCAGUGCUGAUUAACUGAACCUUUGUCUACAAAAUCAUCAUGUACUCUCAAUUUCAUUUGUAUUCAUUGCAGUCUUCAUCACA